AUGCCUCGUUUGGAGAUUGCCGUCUGCUUCUUCGUCUCGGUGACGUUUCCUCACGUCGCCAGCGCGUUCAAGAAUCAAACGUGGCCGGUGCCUUACAGGCGCUACGACCAUCGCCCCCUAGCGGAUGCGUACUGUCAAGCUCUUUACCCGUUCUGCCCCACCGGAGACCCGCACGGCCGCAUUCCCAACAUGAAGGACGCGGACGUCAUUUCGGUGUAUCGACUGCAGACUCCCGUGUGGGAAUUCAAGUACGGCGACAUACUGGGAAAACUCCACAUCAUGCACGACGCCGUCGGUUUCAGCAGCGCCGCGACUGGAGCCAACUACACCAUGGAGUGGUACGAACUCUUCCAGCUGGGAAACUGCACUUUCCCGCACCUUCGGCCGGGAAUGUUCACCCCCUUCUGGUGCAACCAGGGAGCCGCGUGCUUUUUCGACGGUAUCGACGACUUCCACUGGGCUCAGAACGGCACUUUGGAGAAAAUAGCGGAAAUCAGCGGUAAACAGUUUAACGAUCUGACCCAGUGGGUGCGCGAGGACAACGCCACGGGAAUUUACUACGAAACAUGGACGGUUCUUUCCGACUCUGGUCCGGGCGCCACCACGUGGUUCGAAUCGUACGACUGCUCGCAGUUUGUCCACCGCACCCACCGCAAGCUGAGCGCUCUCGGGGCCAAAUUGUCCAGCCGUUCCCAGACCAACUACACCAAAAUUUACCUGUACAGCGGAGAGCCAGUCUACCUGGGAAACGACAGCGCCAUCUUCGGGCAGCCGGCGCUCAAGAACCUGGCGAAGGACAUCCGGGACUUUUACAACGACUUCCGACCCCACCAGUCCAUGGCGGAGUUCGCCCUCAGCAUGCUGGAGGUUUAUAAGAAGGUGGUGAUGGACAAAUGCUUCUAUUUUUACUACAACUUUGAGUACUGGAGGCUUCCCAUGAAGCCUCCCUAUGUGCGCAUCCAAUACGAGGAAGUGCCUCUGCCUUAA